GCCGACUGAACGUCGCGACCGCCAGUAUUUUUCUCUCUCUCUGUGUGCGCCAGACUGUCUGUCCAUCUGCUGGGGCUCUGGACUGUGCCGUUCGCCCAAUCUCUCCUCACGCCCGUUCAGUCGCCUCGAAUCUUCUCCCGAGGUCGGGUCCAGGAGAUUUUUCGUCUUCCCUGCUGCAGAUCCUCUUCAUCCAGCGCGCCAACGAAAGUGCUGCGCAUGUUUAAAGGCCCCUACGCUCCCGUCCUCGCGUUGGGCGCGCACGCAGCGAGAUGGCGAGGACGUCCGCCGAUGUUCAUGCGCUCCUGAACCCGCCUUCUCCUGCGCUCACGAACCCAGACCUGAUCCUGCCCUUCGACGGGGUCUUGGGAGUGACCAUUUCCCCGCCGCGCAAGCAGCCCCCGUCGCCGCCAGACAGCGACCAGACGACCGGCCGAUGGAACAAUGGCGCGCAGCAGAACUUCAGCAUGCCGCUUCGCAGCAGCCCCUCGCGCAGUGCCACGGCUUCGACACUGGCCAUCAUCGAGGAGAUGGGCAACACGGCCAAGAACCCCGUCUAUGCGCAGGCUGGGAGUGCCGUCGGAUCCUCUCCAACUCUCAAAACGUCUACCACGCCGCAGUUGAAGCCAAGCUGGGAAGCAACGGAUGAAAGGCGGUGGAGCAGUGGGUCUGGCUCGGUCCACAGCGAGGACAUCGAGAAUAUGCACUGGCCGGAUUUCGAGGGUCCGUCAGAGGUAGAUGAAGAGAGCGUUGCGUUGGAAGACGAUGAAGAGCAACUAGGCGACUUGCCCCAAAUCGCAGACGGAGAGGACCCUGGAAGUGAUGAACAGUAUUUGAGCGCCCAGGUGGACGGUCUGGAUGAAGAUCCUCUGAGCCGAAGAGCAGACAUCAUACUGGCCAAUGCGAAAAAGCGAUUGCACGCUAUGGAGGGAAAGUUAAGAGGCGCCCGCAAUUCUCUGCUCAUAUCCGCCCCAUCAAGCCCAAGUUCGACGUACUUUGCUCCGUCUGUGGACAGAGAGCGGCCACGGUAUCCGACCGCGACGGGUAUCUAUGGGCUGCACAACAAGCCCCGCACAGCACAUGUUUCUAGUUCAAUCACGUCCAAUUUCGGUCACAGUCGCAUGCUGAGCGAGGCGUCCUCCAUUCAUGAGAUUCAAACAGCGAGGACGUUAGCAAUACCAAAACGGUCAUCCAGCGCACUGGGCUCCUUUGCGAGAGGCCUCAGUUCGCUUGAGAAAUCAGCGUCCUUGCGUGGUGUCAGGAGUCAGCAAGACAUGCGUGAGAGACGUCUGCAAAGUUGGAUAGAAGAAAGCUCUCUGCCGAACGAGCCACCAAGACCAAUCAGCCAGCAAGCAGAGUUGCCACACUGUAGAUCUCCUUCUAUGGAAAACUUCCAUCGUCCUGGAUCUGCCGCGAGCAGCUUGCGAUCCCAAAUGGACGAGCUGAAAGGCCGGAUCAACAACUUGAAAGCUCGAGCCCAGGAGGAUCGCAUCAAGAGGUUGAGUUCAGUUGGAAACAGAACUCCAAGUCCAUUCGUAAACGCGAGCACUGACUCGGAACCGGCCAAAGGCUCGUCUCUUCGUGCAGACUCGAACCUAGGUUUCGGAACGAGCUAUUCUUCGAGAUUUCCAGUUAUACCUUCGAAACUCUCCAGUAGUAACUCGGACGAAGACUCCAGAUCGUCGAGAUCAAGAAGUACCGUUGUGGAACGAGCUCCGGUUAUCUACGCAGAGAGCAUGUACGAAGAUGCAGAGGAGGCCUUGGACAACAUCAAGGAGGAGCCUGAGGACAGUGAUGAGCCUAGCACGCCAUCUACUAUGGUGCCACCAAAUGAGCAAAAGGUUCUAAUGGGCCCCCAGGAUCCUACCGCCGAGGAAUUAGGCUACGGACCAGAUGACAUGGAUGGUGACGAAUUCGAGGACGCGUUGACCAACAGAUAUAACCACGCAACGAGUCCUGACGCUAUAAGUCUCGAUGGUCAAAGCGAGUACUUUGACUCCGUUCCCGUCAUGGCUGAACGACACGAAGAUCGCGCCGACGCCUUCGAUUAUGAGCACUUCUUCCUGCAUUCUGCGAUGGGCACCUAUACUCGCGAUCGACGAGACAGUGUCAGUUCUCAGGAUUCCGUAGAAACUACCCGGCCUGCAUCGCCAAAACGAACGUCGGCGGCGAUUCACGUCGAGGCAUCAUCGCCUCCGACAAAAGUCACAUCUGGAUACGGAACGCUGGUCGAGUCUUCUCCCGGUCUACACAGACGAAGCCAAAGUGUGGAGUCCAUUUCGACGGUCGCAACGUUCCAGACAGCAACUGAAGGCGAGGAUGAUUCCGAUGGCAGUGACGACCCGCUAGAUGCGGUGACACAGCGCAUUCUCUCCCCUGCGAUCACGUCGCCCGUGCCACCAUCACCGAAACGCAUGGUUGACUCUGCUGUUCACAUGCCGCAGAGAAACACGUUAUCCGAGCAAACUGCGGAGAUGGAGCAGCACGAGCUGGCCGCAGCCCUAGUCUCAUCGUUAUUUGGCAUCGAGACGAAGGGUUCUAAGGCUGUUCCUGCUCAGGAUGUCGCGCUGGUCGAAGGCAUCCUCUCAAGUCUGCAGGACGUAGUUAGCAAGUUGCAAGCACAACCUGACGACUACAGUCGACAAGAAUGGAGGAAACGUCUCGACGCGGCAAGAAAAGCCCUCGAUGACGUGAAAGACUAGUCGUGCAUGCCUUUCCGCAUCUGUUCCGAUACCUUUUGUCUUCUUUUAGCAAGUGUUUUAUUACAUGUCCUCACUGGAUUAGCGUUCAGCAUGGCGUUUCAUGUCCUAAGACGUUGAUUUGGCGCCGAGGAGUGCAACUGACGAGGCCUUGGAAUUGCGCCGCCCAUACCCACCAAAACAUACCGCGAGGACACAUAAUAUACAUUCGUAUAUUUUCUUAAUGUAUUUAGAAGCAUGUGAGGAUGCUCGGUUUGACCUGAUGAAGUGACGCUGCGGGGAGGCGCAUGCAGAGGCAUCCAUCUUGACAUAUACCAUAUACCACUGACUGUUGAGACCUUUUCUAAUCAACGAGCUAGAUGGCUAGAGCCUUGGUCCGCGUGUCUAUCCCGUUUCCCCGUGAUCUGUUCAGAUUGCUUCUCGACAUCAUCGCGCCGAUAGCUUA